ACCACUCGUCCCCGGUGAGUAAAAUAGUAUUUUUUUUUAUUAUCAAUUUCAAUGUUUCAAUUAUUUGAUCAUAUUAUUAUUGUUUUCCUCUAUGCCAAAGUGUAAUGUAGCAUGCUUGCUUAGUCGAGGUGCUACUGAGUCUGAAGGAGCAGUAGAAAGCUCUUGUUGGAUGUAUGGUACUUUCAACCUGCAUGUUCAUUUUUGCAAAAAGGAUUGAUCCUGCAAUAAAUCAUACUUUCAUGAAGGUUAUCAUGUUCAGUUUUUGUUAACACUGCUUUAGAGAGUUGUUGAUUCAACUUUAUGGCAGUUUUAGAGGUUGUAGUGUGUAGUGCUGUUGAACUGUAUUCUGUUAUAUAUCCCUAGUCCAUGAACUAUAGUCACCAUAAGAGCUGUGGAGCCUGGGGGGGGGUGUGGUGUGUGGCUACUACAGUUUACUGGUUACUAUUGCUACUGUGACUAAUACAAGUGCUGCUGUUACUGCUGCCACCACCACUACUAAUAGUGCUGUUGUUACUGCUAGGGGAGUAGUAUGAGGAGAUGACCUCUGCUGGGAGGUUCCUACUUUGCCAGUUUCUGUUGUUGUGCCUUUCAUUCUCUUCCUAGAUUGGAGAGGAAAAGAAGUGACGCCUGCAGUCGCUUUGGCUCUCUGGCUGCCAUCUGCCUCGCUGGACACUGAGCUGAGAGUAAAUUCCUUAGUUGUAAUUUGUUUAUUAGUUCCUAAAUAAUAGUGAGUGUUGCCUUCAGGCUGAAAAUGAACAAAGAAUACAUCUGAUAAUCACAACACUGUCUGGAUCCAGCCCAUAGUUUUUAUUUUUUUAUAGAUUCUAAGUACUUCUUUUUUUACAGAGUUUUUGCGUCUGUUAAGAGCAGGUUGUUUUCAGUUGUCUCACAUCUGUUACUGUUGGAAUAGAAGUCUAUUGUUUUCUAAUAGUUUUGUUUUUCCCGCACAGAGGAUGUUGUUAUCUGUGUUUUUCCUGUAGCUCGUAGAGCAGGUUGUAGUUGAGGUUCAGACUAGAUAUAAGAGGAGACAACUGAUGUGAAAAUCCAACGCUGCCUGAAAACAUUCUCUACUUUUUCUACUAACUGAGGAGGACGCUGGUUGGUGGAUUUAUUUUUCCCCCCCUGGAUGUGACACUUUGAGCCAUGCUGCUGCUGCUGUUUCUGCUGCUGCUCUGCCUGCAAACUUCACUGCAAGAACAGACUGCUCCUCCUGGUAGGUGUGAUGUCUCACAGAGGGAAGACGUGUACACCUCCUGCACUUCCUGUGCUGCCGCCUCCACCACCAAGUGCCCUCACGGCUUCAGCAAUGUGGGCACGACCAACUGCAGUUACGUGGUGGAGAUCGGCGGCAGGGAGAUGGCACUGGAUGGAUGUCAGCACAUCUGUGUGAAGGGGUACAUGAUGCCAUUAUGCUGCUCACAGCACUGGGGACCUCUUUGUUUCUCCUGUCCUAGCUGGUCAGGGAAGACCUGUAACUUCCAUGGAACCUGUCUGGAUGGAGGCGUCGGCAACGGGACCUGCGUCUGUGAUGACGGCUUCUCUGGGUUUGCUUGUCAGGAGUGCAAAAAUGAAAACUUCUUCGGAGAAAAGUGUGACAAAGAGUGUGACUGUGUGCAUGGAGUGUGUAAGAAAGGUCCAGAAGGUGAUGGACAGUGUUUGUGUCAGCCGCCAUACACUGGGAAGCGCUGUGACCAAGUGAGUACCAGGUGCAGUAACUGCAGCCCUUACUCGUACUGUAAAGGAGAGGGAGACGCCGCCGACUGUGAAUGUUUGCCCGGAUACAAGAGGGGCACACUGGGAAAAUGCGCAAGUAUUUGCUCAGGGAGGGACUGUGACGUCAACGCCCAGUGCUCCUCACAGGGGUCAAGGAUCAGCUGCGUCUGUAACCCGGACUACCAGGGAGAUGGCAAGAUCUGCGUACCCAAAAACCCUUGCGCCGACAACAACGGAGGGUGUCCCAUCAACUCCACCAUCUGUGUCUUCAACGGACCCAACAAGUCCGUCUGUGAGUGUAUGUUUGGCAUGUCCCCUGUAGGUGGCAACGCUCAGUUUGGUUGUGAGCUGGUCUCUGCCUGCUCAGCGAACACAUGUGACCCCACAGCUAUCUGUCAAACUGAAGUGGAUGGACAACCCAGGUGUGUGUGUGAGGCGGGUCAGAUUGGUGACGGACACCGUUGCUAUGGUAACCUGAUGGAGCGGCUGAUAGAGCUGGACAGGAGUGGAAGCCAGAGAGAAAAUCUGACCGGAGCCGUCGCUCUGUUCGAGAAAGGCUGUUCGCUGCUACUGAGUCACAAUGGACCCUUCACAGCUUUCAUCCCCCUGCUGAAAACACCUCUGACUGGUGUUAAUGAGGAGCUGGUGUGUAAAAACCACCUGAUCCUGGGUCAGCAUCUCUACAAGGAUCUGGAGGGACGAGACUUCAAACUGUACGGAGGAGCCACGUUCAGGAGCAAAGACAACAAGAAAUUCAUCCUGAUGGACAACCCCAGCAGACUGUACACCGUCAUCCAGCAAGACCUGCCAGCAGCCAAUGGGAUCAUGCACAUCAUCGACCAGCCAAUCACAAACACACUUCCUGAAAAGCCUCCUCGUGAUGAACGGUUUGCUGAUAAGACGAUCGGAGAGAUUCUGGCUAAGGAUGAAAAAUACAGUCGCUUCCUGUCUCUGGUUGAUAACUGCGGGUCGCCACCAAACUUGCGGGGUCCGGGACCCCUGACUAUGUUCGUCCCCAUCAACCAGGCUGUGGACAGAUCCAGAGACGGCAGCUUCUUGUACAUGCUGCACGACGCCAAACCUAAACUUCAGGAACUUGUCAGACACCAUAUUUUCUCCCAGGCUGUGCUGACAGUCGACGAAUUGGCUACUCUCCCUCAGAUUCAGACGAUGGCCAAUCAGAUUGUCUCCAUCACUGUGUCCAAAGAUGGUGAGAUCUUACUGGGUGAGAAGGGCGUUCAACUGGCGACCACCAACAUUGUGGCAUCCAAUGGGAUCAUCCAUAUGAUUGACGGGAUUCUGUACCCGCCCUCCAUCCUCCCCAUCCUGCCUCACCGCUGUGAUGUCAUCGAGAGCAAGAUCACCAUGAGUCCGUGUGUUCAUUGCCUUUACCUCUAUCAGUCUAACUGUCCAGAUGGCACCAUUACAAUGCAAAAUCAUCAGACCGACUGUGAUUAUAUGACUUCCCGAGGGACAACCCAUAAAGGCUGCGCCAAAUACUGCAACGCCACCAAAACGGAACCCGAGUGUUGUAAAGGCUUCUAUGGUCCAGACUGUAAACCUUGUAUUGGAGGAUUCCAGCAUCCCUGCUACGACAAAGGAACGUGUUUUGACGGUAUCCAUGGCAACGGCUCGUGCAGCUGUCAUUCAGGCCUCACGGGUGUCGCCUGCCACAUCUGUGCAGAUCGAUCCAAGCAUGGAGAAAACUGUGACGAAGAGUGUCACUGUGUCCACGGUGUGUGUGAUAACCGUCCUGCCAGCGGUGGUGUGUGUCGGAGAGGAUCCUGUUUGGAGGGAUACUCUGGAGAAAAAUGUGACAAGACGGCCACGCCCUGCAACUCUGACGGACUGCAGGAACACUGUCACAUCCAUGCAUACUGUACACAAACAGGACUGCAAACUAAGUGUUUGUGUAGGGAUGGAUAUGAGGGUGACGGUCACUCCUGCUCUCCCAUCAACCCCUGCCUGAAGAACAACCGAGGAGGCUGCCACACCAACGCAGAGUGUGUGUAUGUGGGUCCAGGUAACGCAUCGUGUGUGUGUAUCGAGGGUUGGAAAGGUGACGGCAGAGUUUGUGUGGAGAUCAACAACUGUCAGCUGGAGAGUCGAGGAGGCUGCAGCCCCAAAGGCAACUGUAUCUACAUCGGACCUGGACAGAGUGACUGUAUUUGUAAAACAGGUUACAGUGGGAACGGUAUUGUGUGUGAACUCGUUAACCCCUGCUACAAGAAACAUGGAGGUUGCCAUGAACUGGCAAAGUGUGAGCCCUCUAAGGACGGUGGAGCUCACACCUGUACCUGUCCUGACGGCUACGCUGGAGACGGAACCAUCUGCUACGGAGCAUUACUGGAGGAGCUGGACAUGAUCGUAAAGCUGGCCAGUUUCAACCUACUGACUCAGAAGUACAGUCGCUUCUCUGAGGAACUGAAUGAGAACGUCACAUUGUUGGUUCCGUCCAGAGAAGCUAUGAGGAACAUGACUUCAGAUCAGAGGUCGUUCUGGACCACCCGACACCGCCUGCCUCACUUCCUGCGGGCUCACUUCCUGCAGGGGAUCUACUCUGUAGAAGACCUGGAGGGACUGGUGGGCAGCAGGCUGCCCACACUGAACCCCAACACCUACUGGGAGAUCAGCAACAUCAGCGGGGUGCUCCACAUUGGAAACGCCUCCAUUCUCACCCCGAACCUGCCUGCAAUCAACGGCUACAUUCACAUCAUAGACCAGAUUCUGGCCCCGUCCAGCUCAGACCUCCCCCCAGAGCCCCACAGCCUGAUGGCCUUCCUGAACUCCUCUUCCACCUUCACUCUGUUCAGACAGCACGCUCUGAUGUACAAUCUGUCAGAAGAUCUGCAGGCGUUAGGUUUCACCCUCCUGCUGCCAACAGAUGAUGCCAUCAGGCAGCACCUCAACAGGACCGACUCCUCCCUCCUGGACUCUGAUGUGUUCAAGUACCAUGUGAUUCUCAAUGAACUGCUCUUCCCCGACCACCUGUCUGACGGCACGUUGAAAAGCACACUGCUGGGCAACGACUACCAGGUCCAGUUCCACUUAAACAACAACAACCAGACAGUUGUGAACAACGUUCCUCUUGACGGCACUUUCAUUGAGACGCAGAGGGGCGUCAUCAUAGUCCUCCCACAGGUCCUCAAAAUCCAACGCAACAGAUGCAGCAAACAGGUCUACCUGCAGUUCAACGGAAGGUGUACAGACUGUGAAGGACCACCUCGAUGCCUAUUCAACUACAAACCAAUUAAAGAGAAGUUUCCGGCCAACAUGCGAUCCAACUGUAAAUACAGGAAGCGAAUCGGAUCCAGGAGGAAGUCAAUGCCUGGCUGUGUCGUCAAAUGUCUUGGGUUAACCACGGAUCACUCCUGUUGCCCCGGUUACUAUGGCCACGAGUGCUUCAAAUGCCCCGGAGACGUCGGCAGCUGGUGCUCAAAUCAUGGGCAGUGUCAAGACGGUAACCACGGCAACGGGGAGUGCCGUUGCUUCGAGGGUUUCCACGGCACCGCGUGUGAGGACUGUGAGCCAGGACGAUAUGGAGUCAACUGCUCCUCCAAGUGUGUGUGUGCCCACGGGAAAUGUGAGGACGGUCUGGCAGGAAGUGGCGGGUGUGUCUGUUAUAAAGGUUGGAAAGGCUCUUCCUGCUCUAUAGAGAUCAAAGACGACGCCUGUGGAGGUGUGUGUGACGAGAACGCCAACUGUAUAACGGGACCAAAGGGUUCAGCUGCUGCCUGUCUGUGUGUGGCUGGAUAUGAAGGCAAUGGAACUUACUGCAAUGAGCUGGAUUUCUGCAGCAGGUCUAACGGUGGAUGUUCAGAAUUUGCCCUUUGCAAGAAGGUCUCAGCAGGAGAGAGGACCUGUACCUGUAUAGAGGGGUACACUGGAGACGGGGUCAUCUGCCUGGAGAUAGACGGCUGUCUGGUUAACAAUGGAGGCUGCUCCAAGUCAGCAGAGUGCACCAGAACAGGCCCCAACAUUACGGCCUGCAGGUGUAUGAUGGGCUUUCAAGGAUCUGGGAGAUUCUGUUACGCUGCCAACCCCUGCAGAAAUCUCAAUGGUGGCUGCAGUAGGCAUGCUCGCUGUGAGUAUUUGGGUCAGGGUCAGAGGAACUGCUCCUGCUUAAGAGGCUACGUGGGCGAUGGCUUCGAUUGCCGGGGAAACACCAACAAUGAGAUGUCCCGACAACCAGAGAACGGCUUCUUCCGUCGAAUGUCAUCUCAAUCAGGCAUAGGUCUUUAUGGUGAAGGACCGUACACUGUCUUCGUCCCUCUAGAGGAAACCAACCAAGACUCCUCUUUCGAGGAUUGGAAGCUGUUUGGUCGUAUUUCUGACCUGGUUCGUUAUCACAUCGUUUCCUGUGAGAGUUUGACCUUGAGUGACCUUAAAACCACCCAGCUCGCUGUUUCAACGUCGGGAUACACACUGCACUUCAGCCUGCAGGAGGGUUCAGUCGUGAUCAACAAUAGAUCGCGGAUCGUGAAGAGUGAUUACACCACAACUAACGGAAUCAUUCACCACAUCGACACUCUGUUGACACCCUACAGGCUGCAGGACAAACCAAACCUCCGGUCUAGCACGAUGAACUUAACGUCAGCAGCGGCGUUUUAUGGCUACAGCCGCUUCUACAAACUCAUAGAGGAUGUGGGGUUACUCCCUGUGCUCCAGAUGUCCAUCCAUCAGCCGUUCACCAUGUUCUGGCCCACAGACAAGGCCCUCAGCUCCUUGCCAGCUGAAAGACAGCACUGGCUCUCCAGCCCAGAACACCAAGAGCAAGUGGCUGCCGUGGUGAAGGCUCACAUCAUACGCAACGCCAAGGUGAUGGGUCUCGGUCAGCCGGAUAAAUACUCAACGUUCCGCACCAUGCAGGGAUUCACCAUCAAGUACAGCUGUGACAAGACCCUGGUGGGUGCUGUAUUGAUUGAUGAGAACGCAGCCAGGGUAGUGGAGCGCUACCUACACUUCAAAGAGGGCGUGGCUUAUGGCAUCGACCAGUUACUGGAACCACCUGGCCUGGGAGCGAUCUGCGACAACCUGGAGAAUAAAACCACUAAAGGGCGCUGUGGAAACUGCAUAUCCCCUCCAUCCUGCCCCUUCAGACAUCAAGACAUGGGAACAACGGAGCCUUGUUUGAACUAUAGGCCCAGUAGCUCCAGGUAUGGGCGCCGCUAUCCAAGUUGGCAUGACCUGGACGAUACUUUCAGCCGGAUGGGCUGUAAGAGAGUUUGUCAGUAUAAGUCCUGGGUCCAAAAGUGCUGCAAAAACCACUACGGCCGAGACUGUCAAGUUUGUCCAGGUGGCCUGGAGGCCCCUUGUGGUAACCACGGUGACUGCGACGAUAAUAUGCGUGGUUCAGGAAAAUGUAGGUGCCAUGAAGGUUUCAUAGGAAUAGCCUGCGAACUGUGUGCUGUCAGGCACUACGGCCCCAACUGCACAGUCUGCAGCUGUGGGCGGCAGGGAAGGUGUGAUGAAGGCAUUGAAGGUUCUGGACAGUGUGUCUGUAACGCGGGCUGGAAGGGUGAUCAGUGCCAGAUCGAUAUAGGCUCGAUCCCAGAGGAGUGCCGGCAGUGCCACGCUCAGGCCGACUGUGUGCCAGAUGUUGGUUGUCAGUGUAAAUCUGGAUUUGAGGGGAACGGCACCUUCUGCAGUCCAGAGCCACCUCCAGACCUCUGCUCCGAGUACAACGGUGGCUGUCACCAAAACGCAGACUGUAACCAGACGGGGCUCCUCGUCAACUGCACCUGUCACAGCGAUUACCAAGGAGACGGCUACUCCUGCGAGCCCAUCAAUAGGUGUAUUGAAGAGCAGAAUGGUGGCUGCAGUGACUUUGCCUCCUGCAAGUUCACUGGUCCAAACGAGCGUCAGUGCGAGUGCCUGCCGGGCUACUUGGGUAAUGGUGUCCAGUGUCUGGAGAAGCUGGUGCCCCCUGUUGACCGUUGCCUGGAAGACAACGGAGGCUGCGACCCCGCGGCCAUCUGCAAGGACCUGCAUUACCACGCCAACACAGCUGGAGUGUUCCACCUGCGCUCUCCAGACGGGAGAUACAAGAUGAACUUCAGUCAGGCCGACACCGCCUGCCAGGCCGAGGGCGCCACACUGGCCAGCUUUAAACAGCUGGGAGAUGCACAGCAGCUGGGAAUGCAUCGGUGUGUGGCCGGCUGGAUCGAGGGGGGGAAGGUGGGAUACCCGACCCGCUUUCCCUCGGCAAACUGUGGAGACAACCACGUGGGCCUGGUUAUCUACAAAGAACCUGUGGACCAGAGCAGCAAAUACGACGCCUACUGCUACAGGCUCAAAGAUGUUUCGUGUGCGUGUCCCGCUGGUUACAUUGGAAAUGGAGACUUCUGUAACGGUGUCCUGACCAGCGUCCUUGCAACGUACAGCAACUUCUCCAUCUUUUACAAGUUGUUGUUGGACUAUAGUGGUCAGUCCUCAGAGGGCAAACAGCUCGUUGAAUUUAUGUCUCACAUGAAGUCUGAGGUCACACUGUUUGUUCCUCAUAACGCUGGCUUCGCCCCAAACCAGACUCUUUCUGGUAGAGAUCUUGAGUAUCACAUCUCAACCAAUCACAGCAGACGACCAUUCAAGGAUCUGAGACACCAGGAAGUCAUCAAAUCCAGGCUUGGGUUCAACCUGACUGUUACCCAUGGCAACAACGAGAGCUCUAAGAUGGUGAACCGGCGGCUGCUGUUGGUUUGGGACAUUCCUGCUGUGAACGGGAUCAUCCACGUCAUCGAGGCACCGCUGACAGCCCCCCCUGAACCGAUUCCCCAUCAUGCAACGCGAGGCCACGCCAGCUCAAGUGGCACAGUGUCAGCCAUCUUGGUGUCGGUGUUGCUGGCGUGUGUGUUGGCUGCACUCGGCUACUACGUCUUCAAACACAAGACGGACGCCUUCCGCUUCCACUACUUCAGAAAUGAGGAUGAAGACGGUGCGGCGGGCGGCAGGAUGAAACCCACGUUGGUCUCCAUCCCCAACCCUCUGUACAGCGGCUCUAGAGCCUUCAGCGAGCCAUUUGGGGACGCCGGUCAGGGGUUGGAGCCAUUAGAACCUGAAGAACCUCCAAAUAUUCUGGACCUGGACCAGUAGAACCACUAAAACUAGAGAUGUCUGUCUACAUACCACAAUAACCUGUUGGCUUUAAAAUGGUUCAUGUUCAUCUGUAUCCAAGUAAGAAAUAAAUCUGUAUCCAAAUAAGAAAAGUGGUCAGUUUACUUAA